AUGGGUUCAAAGAAACACAAGAAAGAAUCCAAAAAGAAGAAGCAUAGGAGUAGGUCUCGGUCGCCUUUGGACGGGGAGGAACGCGAACGUAAACGGCAUAAGAAGCACAAGGAUCGCAAAAAGGACCGUUCUCCAGACGUUGAAGAAGUACCGGUGGACUCCCACCUUCAAAAGCCAGAAGGCAGCAAUGGCGCACACUCUCAUAGUCGCAGUACCAGUGUUGAUCUAGAGAGGGAACGGGACCGUCGUCUGAGGGAGGAGAGGCGUCACAGGGAGGAUAACCAUGAGCAUGAGAGGCCUCGCGAGCGCGAGGCGUCACCUGUGGCGUCGUCGAGCGGCGCAGUGCAGGAGAGUCUCUCCAUCGAGGAAACCAACCGCCUACGCGCUAAGCUGGGCCUCAAGCCGCUUGAGGUCACUGAGAAGCCUCCGGAGGAACCCAAUCGAGAUGCAACUGCAUGUGCAGAUGACGGCAAGCUCAAAGACGACUUGGGCGAGUUCUACCACAAGCCGGCGGCUAACCUGGCGGCGCAGCGGCGCGGCGAGAAGCUGCGCGAGCGCCUCGACGAGCGCCGCGAGAAACGCUCCAUCGAGCACAAGCUGCAGACGACGUUGCUGGCGGAGGGGUCGGACGACGAGGACGCCGACGCGUGGGUGAAGAAGUCCCGCGAAAUGGAGAAGCAGAAGCGAGACGCCGCCAAGCGGGCGGCCAUGCUGGACGAGAUGGACGCCGUGUUCGGCGUGUCGGCGCUGCUGGCCGAGGAGCAGCGCCAGGCGCGCGCGGGGGCCUACGAGCCGGGCGCGCUGCGCGGCCUGCGCGUGGCCCACGACCUGGACGCGAUCGGCGACGAGCGCGAGACGGUGCUGACGCUGGCCGACGAGCACGUGCUGGCCGACGACGCCGAGGACGUGCUGGUCAACGUCAACUUGCUGGACGACGAGCGCUACAAGAAGAACUUAGAAGAGCGUAAGAAAGCGAUCGCGGGCUACCAGGCGUACGACGACGAGGCGGAGCUGGAGGCGGCCGCUCUGGGCUCGCACAAGCCCGUGCUGGCCAAGUACGACGACGAGAUCGACAAGCACAAGAAGGACAAGAGCAGGGGCUUCGUCAUCGGAGACACCGAAGCCAUCGAGGCCAAGCGAAUUCGCGACAUGAUGCGGCAGGAGCGCCUGCAGGGCGGCGUCAACAAGCGGCUGGAGAGUCUGCGCACGCCCGACUUGCAGAUCGCGCAGGAGUACCUCAACGAGCACGAGAUCCGGGCUCAGUUCAAGAAGCCCAAGAGGAAGGGUAAGAUGCGCAAGAAGCCGAAGGACGAGCCGAUCGACGUGGACGCCUACGAGGCCGGCGGCGGGCCGCUGCUCACCGACGACACGGAGGUGAAGCCGGACGCGUUGAGGACGGAACUGGCGGUCGACGACGAGGAAGUGGAGCCGGACAGCGAGCUGCAGAUCGCCCUGGCCCGCGCGCGACGCCUGCGGCAGGCCGAGCGGAGGGCCGCCUUCAGGGUUCCCAAGGUGGAGGAGCUCCUCGAGGCCGCGGCGGAGGCGCCGCCGCGCGAGGAGCCCGAGGGCGCCAUGGUGCUGGACGCCACGGCCGAGUUCUGCCGCACGCUGGGGGACAUCCCCACGUACGGCCUCGCCGGGAACCGCGAGCACCGCGCCGAGAUCCUCGACGCGGAGCCGGAGGCGGGCGCGGCGGAGGCCGCGGAGGGCGCGGGGGACGCGGGCGACGCGGGCGCGGCGGGCGCCUGGAGCCGCGUGGACGUGCGCCGCGAGCGGCCGGCCGCGCCCGCCGCGUCGGCGGGGCUGGACGCCGAGCCGCGCCUGGGCGCCGGCGUGGCGGGCGCGCUGCAGCUGGCGCUGUCCAAGGGCUACCUGGAGCGCGCGGGCGCGGCGCCGGCCCCGCGCUCGGCGCACCUGCACCUGCUGGCCGCCAAGCACUACUCCAUCGAGGACAAGACCUACGGCGAGGACGACAAGUACGGCCGGCGCGAGCGCGGCGGCCACUCGGGCCCGCUGCAGGACUUCCGCGAGAAGGCCAACUUCCGCCCCGACAUCAAGCUGGAGUACGUGGACGACGACGGCCGCCCGCUCUGCCCCAAGGAGGCCUUCCGCUACCUCAGCCACAAGUUCCACGGCAAGGGGCCCGGCAAGAACAAGCAGGAGAAGCGCAUCAAGAAGGCCGUGCAGGAGGGGCUCAUGAAGAAGAUGUCCUCGACCGACACGCCGCUGGGCACGCUGCAGAUGCUGCAGGACAAGCAGCGCGAGACGCACUCGGCCUACAUCGUGCUCUCGGGCCAGAAGCGCGACCACGCCGCCUGACCGCCUCGGCUUCGGCUCGGGGCGAAGUCGCGACUGUAACGUCUCCAAUGAAGUUAGAAUUAGCGGGAGAGCAAUAGUUGCGUGCGAUAUAUUGCCCGACAUCCACACCUUUUAAAAACAUAUUUUUUCCUUUAUAUCGGUUAACUUUCGCUAGUGAUCGAUUUUUAUCGAUUAAUAAUUCGCAUCGGUCCCUAUGUACCACUUGCACGCCAGAUUCCUCGGCGCACAAGUGUGUACUACACGCCAACUCUGCAAGCGAUUAUUUCAUUUAAAAUCGGGACUUAUCGUGUAUAAAACAUUUUUUUUCGGACGUGUUGCAAAUUUCAACGUCCCGUGAUCUCGAAGGGACUGAAAAAGUCGCAGACAUCGUGAGUGUUGUGUGUCGGUCUAGACCCUAGUGGCCAAAUAAAUAAUGAAGAAAUUGUUGACACCCGCCUCUUCCGUCGCUUCAAGAUCGUGGACUUCCCAACACUCCGAGAGGUAGAGGUAAAUUGUUUUAUACACAAUUAUGUCCCGAUUUUUCAAUCGUAUCUAAUGAAUCUGCAAAUGAUGGCUUGUACGCCAGGUUAUUAUACUAAACAAUCUAGGAUGACCCCUGAGGGCGCGUUCCCACUAGGUCGUCACGUUUUAUUUUUUGGACGACUGUCGUGUUUAGCCUGUUCCCAUAUCACGACUAUCUGUCGUUGCCGAUUUUUUAUCGUUGAACGACUGUCG